AACUGCGCCUGUCUCUCCCUCAAGGCAGACCUACCAAAGUUCUCAUUUGUAGCGCCCUGUUGACCAGCUCGGCAAGGAUGGACCCUAGUUGCAAAGUGGCAGCCAGUGUAAUAGCCGUCGUCGGAGCGGCCUCCCAAAUCGCUAUCACUCUGGAGCGAAUAUGGUGUCUACGCGAUGCUCCCGAUGUCGUGCAGGCGAUCAUGAACGAGGUGACCCAGCUUCGAGCACUCGCUCACGCUCACGUUCUGGAGAACUCAAUGCAAGGUCUCCAACCCGAUACGCCCAUGCUCCAGGAUGCGCUUGCUGUCACUCAGAGAUCUGCCGACCGGGCAGCGAAAAUGCUUGAGGACCUUGACGCACUCAUCCAAACCAAACUCCUCCGAAGCACCGAGUUGGCUGGCAGCGGGAAAUCUAAGAUCUCUCGACGGGCAUAGAUGCGCCAUUAAGGCCGACUGGAAAGUCUACGGUGGUCUCUGAGGGAUGUCCGGCAAAAUCUGUCCGUCACUUUCUCAGCAUUCAAUUCCACAUCUCUAUAAGUGCUAGUCGUACUAUUCGUAUGCUGAGAGAUGGGGUUAACUCCGCCAGCUCCCAAAUCCGACCGGUGUUGCUCUAAGUCUUAGAUAUUUCUAUUCUCAAUAAAGGGCACUUGUCGGU